AACAAAAAAAAACUUUCGGUCGCGUUGUUUUACCAAACACACUCGUUUGGCUUCCUGCUGCUGCUGCUGUGUGAUCCGCGAAUACAUUAUUCCAUGCGAAAACCAAAAAACAUUCCUCUGUUGUGCCAUUCCCGUUGUGACUUGGUGAUUGCAGCCGCCUGAAAAGAGUACAAAAACAUCGCCGACAAAAUGGAAACGCGCUCCUCGAUAAGCCAUCACCCGCCACCGGUGGUUGCGUCCGGCCCGAACGUUUGCCGAGUUUGUCUGGUCAGCGGGGCGGCUUUGGCCCCGCUGGCGACCGAACCCAAACCGAUGGAAUCGAUCUUCACCAUCGUCGGCGAAUACGAAGAUCAAACGCUGUUCAGCUUGCUGGUGGCCAUCUGUGCUCCGCUGGGGCAGCGCGAAAUGCUGCCCAUGGCCACCACCGGUGCAGGAGGAGGAGGAGCAGGAGCACCGGAACGGAUCUGCCAGGGAUGCAAGUGGCGACUGCUGGCGGCCUAUGAGCUGCACCGGACCUGUCUGCGCAGUGAUGAUAAGCUGCGGGAGCGAGUGGAGGCGAUCAGGAAGAAGCAACAACCAGUUCCCGAAGGCGAAAUCAGAAUCAAGCAGGAAGUGCUGGAUCCUUCGGAAGAGCAAGAUUUCAACCAAAACUCGACCAUGGAUGCCGUGGGAAGUUUUCCGUUUUUGCUCGCCGAUCACUAUCUGCCGGAUGCGGAAAGCACCCUGAAUGCCACCGAUCUGCUUCAGGAGAUGACCCCGGCGGAGGAGGAAGUGGACCCAAACGAUACGCUUUUCGAAGAGAACUACAAGCUAAACGACAAGGGUAACCAUUCCUGUGGGAUUUGCGAGCAGGAGUUCAACUACAAAAGCCAGUGUCGGUCGCAUAUCAUCGGAAAGCACGACCCGAGCAAGCCAUUCAAAUGCGACGUGUGCCAUUACACCCUGACGACGGAAAUCCGCCUGAUCAGACACAAAGCCGUGACCCACGGAGUGGGAGUAAUUAAAGCGGAUGAGAAUCCUGAAGAAACGGACGAAACAGGUGAAACUAUCUACACCUGCAAGAUCUGCACCAAAACGUUCAACUCGAUCGUGCGCUUCAAGAAGCACAAAAGCGUCCACGUGGCGUACAACCGACCCUUCAAGUGCGACAUUUGUCAGUAUCGGUUCCCGACCCGGGCCCAAUGGACCCAACAUGCCAAGGUACAUCAGGAGAAAUCACCGGAAGAUCAGGCCAAGGACCAGGACAACGAGUGGCCCUGUGAGCACUGCGAGGAAAAGAUGCCCGGCAAACGGGCCCUCACGAUGCACAUCCGGCGGUUCCAUCCACAGGAGCUGCUCCAGACGGAAGCCAAAGAAAGAAACGAUUACAAAUGUAUCAUCUGCUCGGAGGCGUUUGCCCGGGAAAGUGUCCUGAACACGCACAUGAAGAUGCACGAACUGCUGGCGUUCGAGAAGGAACGCGAGCAACGCCACGAACUGGAACAGCUGAUCAAGAGGGAAUCUCUAAGCGAAUCGUCCUCCUUUAUGAUAGCCAACGCCGCUGCCGGCAGUAGUCACGAUCUGUCCGGGUCGUCGUUAAACAUCAAGAAGAAAAGCGAUGCCGAUGUGGCGUUCGUCUGCAUGGUCUGCGAGCAGGAGUUCGAGGAACGCGAGCUGCUGCUGCGGCACCAGAGGAAACUACACAAGGAACUGGAGCUGAACAUUGUCCCCGGAGGAGCCGCACAGGAUGAACCCAAUGCUCCACCGGCUGACUGCCCCUCACCGAUGAAUGAUUGCAACGACAGUUCCCUCGUCGUCGACGACGAUUCCGUAAUGGUCGUGGACAUUGACCCAUCGCAGCUGCUCGCGCCAUCAUCCACGGAAUCCGAAACGAAUCACAAAGGCCGUUCCGGUGGCCCCGUGCCCAAAUGCGACAUCUGCCAGAAGACGUUCAUGUACAACUCGCUGCUGCAGCAGCACAUCCGAAACAGCCACAGCGAAUCGAAACCGUUCGAGUGCAAGGUGUGCCGGAUGCGGUUCAGCUACCGAGGCCUACUCCAGAAGCACGAACUUACCCAUUCCGCGCAGAACAUCCGACCCGGCGAGCACGGUUCCAUGAUGUUCAAGUGCAAGAUCUGCUCGGCCCAGUUCCUGGAGAUGAAAGCCCUGACCGUGCAUCUGCGCAUCCACCGACCGGGUGAUGCGGUCCUCUCCAAGAAGGUGAACAUCUUUCAGUGUACGCUGUGCCCGCAGGUUUUCAACGAGAAGGUCAAGCUGGAUGAACAUGUGGCCAAGAUUCAUCACAAGCACCAGCAACCUGCCGGUGUUGGUGGAACUCAUAUGCGUAUAAAACCGGAUUUUCGUCGGGUGGCCGAGCGGCAGCAACAGCAGCCGUUGAGUGAAAAGGAACGGUUCUUUGGGAGCCUGUCGAUCGUCAAGCUUGAACAGAACAAAGAGCGCAUCCAGAUGGAAACUUCUUGAGUUGGGGGCAGCUAGAGUGAGAGUGAGUGCUGAGCAAGCAUUGGAAAGACUUAUUGUUAGUUCGUAGGGCAGUUUAUGUAGAUGUAUUAGUUGAUAGGUAUUUUCUUAUCAUGAGUAAAAUUUGAUUCACAUGUAGAUGGGAUGCGUUAGCUACAUGGAUUUAUGUGAAAAACUUUAUAAGUGUAUGAUAACUAUAAUAUAAAAGGGACUACAAUAAAGGAACACCCAUUCUAUGCCAUAAAACAAAAA